GCGUGCUGUUAGGGCGCGAAGAACAGAGUGAAGUUGUCUGCGCUAGCUGUCACUUUGACAAUUUGCGUUUAUCUUCCUCUCUUUCUUUUCUUUUCUACCCGAGAUUCGCAAUGGGUCGCGUAAUUCGUGCACAACGUAAGGGAGCUGGUUCCGUCUUCAAGGCGCACGUCAAGAAGCGCAAGGGAGCCGCCAAGCUCCGCUCUCUGGACUUUGCCGAGCGCUCCGGCUACAUCCGCGGUGUUGUCAAGGACAUCGUGCACGAUCCCGGUCGUGGCGCGCCCUUGGCUGUCGUUCACUUCCGUGACCCCUACCGCUACAAGAUCCGCAAGGAGCUGUUCAUCGCCCCCGAGGGCAUGCACACCGGCCAGUUCGUGUACUGCGGCCGCAAGGCUACCCUGCAGAUCGGCAAUGUGAUGCCCCUGAGCCAGAUGCCCGAGGGUACCAUCAUCUGCAACUUGGAGGAGAAAACCGGUGACCGUGGCCGUCUGGCCCGCACCUCUGGUAACUACGCCACCGUGAUUGCCCACAACCCCGACACCAAGAAGACCCGUGUCAAGCUGCCCUCGGGCGCCAAGAAGGUCGUGCCCUCUGCCAACCGCGCCAUGGUCGGCAUCGUCGCCGGCGGCGGUCGUAUCGACAAGCCCAUCCUGAAGGCCGGUCGUGCCUACCACAAGUACAAGGUGAAGCGCAACAGCUGGCCCAAGGUGCGUGGUGUUGCCAUGAACCCCGUGGAGCAUCCCCACGGUGGUGGUAACCAUCAACAUAUUGGUAAGGCUUCCACCGUCAAGCGAGGCACAUCCGCUGGUCGCAAGGUCGGUCUUAUUGCCGCCCGUCGUACCGGUAGGAUUCGUGGUGGCAAGGGCGACAGCAAGGACAAAUAAGCCCUUGUCCGACGUGGAGCAGGUUCCGUCUGAGAUCGGCGUGGCACUGUUGUUGUGUGUUGCGCUGUUUGAGAUAAUGCAAUUCUAUAUGGAAAAUCUGUAUGUUGUCAGCAUACACUUGACACGACGGAAUAAAAUUUAUUUG